AGAGAGAGAGAGAGAGAGACUUGUACAGACUUUUUUCAAUACUCGACAUUUUUGCUCGGGCGUACCAACUGCUCUUUGUUCGUCGUGCUCCAAUUUUUUAACGAAGAAUAUUUGAUUUGUUUGUGGACUCGCUCUUCGAGAUGGAUCCCGUCCGAAUUAGACGACACCAAGGCCAGCCGUUUGAUUUCUCACUCGGCGAUGAAAGGGCCGACCAGGGUCGAUCGCGGAGGGCGUCCGGUCGCCGAGCGAUUCCCCCGUUCGCACCUUAACUGCCUCCCACGUCCGCGGGAGUCUCGCUCACCUGGCCGGUAGCAUCCUCCUGCACUCCCGUCGAGGACUUUCUCCGAAAGACGGCCAACUAUAUAAGCGAGAUGCACGCUGUUUGAAGCACGUUAGACGAAAUCGUACAGGUGCGUCGAGCAGGCCACGUAGCCGCUGCGUUUCGAUCCUUUGCUCGUACGUAGACAAGUAUCUCUCCGGUAGCCGCCUAAAGAGGUGCUCGUUCGGUCGAGCGCGAGGAACGCGAAAGGACACGGUCGUGCAUGUGACUUGGCGAGGACCGAGCGCAGAAGCUUCCACGAGACUUUUGGAGACCGCCGGAACCAUGAGGUCCGCGAGAAGUCGGGCCCCUCUGGCAAUAACCGUGCUGGCCGCGACCGCCUUGUUGCUGAGGCCUAUCCACGCGGACGCACCAGUCUCUGGUAGCUACUUGCCACCGUCCACCAGCUACGGCACACCUAACUUGGGAGGAGGAGGAGGAGGAGGAGGAGGGGGAGGAGGUCACUCUGGUGGUGGUGGAGGAGUAUCGACGAGCUACGGUGCACCUUCCGGCGGUGGUGGCGGUGGUUUCGGAGGUGGUCGACCUUCGUCGAGCUACGGCGCGCCUCCUUCCACGAGUUACGGGGCACCGUCCAGCGGUGGCGGCGGCGGCGGCGGCGGUGGAGGUUUCGGCGGUGGUUUCGGCGGUGGUUUCGGUGGAGGUGCGCCUUCCAGCAGUUACGGAGCACCUUCUCCCAGCUACGGUGCCCCAUCUCGCGGCGGCGGUGGUGGUGGCGGUGCACCCUCCGGUAGCUAUGGAGCGCCUUCCAUAGGACGUCCGUCUUCCACUUACGGGGCGCCUUCCAGUGGAGGUGGUGGCUUCGGCGGAGGUGGUUUCGGCGGCGGCGGUAAACCAUCGUCGACCUACGGAGCACCUUCGAACGGAGGUAGCAGGCCCUCGUCUACUUACGGCGCACCCUCCGGCGGUGGUGGCGGUGGUUUCGGAGGUGGUUUCGGUGGAGGAGCUCUCUCGUCGAGUUACAGCGCACCUUCUACGAGCUAUGGGGCACCGUCGAAUGGUGGCGGCAGACCCUCGACCGGUUACGGGGCGCCCAGCUCCGGCGGAUACUCUGGUGGCGGCGGCGGUGGUGGAUACUCCGGUGGCGGCGGCGGCGGAUACUCCGGUGGUGGUGGCGGCGGCGGAUACUCCGGUGGUGGCGCUGGUGGUGGAUACUCUGGUGGUAGCUACUCCGGCGGGGGUGGCGGAUACUCCGGUGGCAGCGGUGGCGGUGGUUUCGGAGGCGGCUCCAGCGGUUACUCUGGUGGCGGCGGUGGAGGCGGCAGGCCGUCCUCGAGCUAUGGCGCGCCAAGCUUUGGAAACGGCGGCGGCGGCGGCGGCGGCGGCGGCGGCGGCGGCGGCGGCGGCGGCGGGGGUGGACAGAGUUACGCCAGCAACGGAGGAUACCAAUAUUAAUUCAGACACGUGUUCACACGCACUCGGCGAGGCGAGGCGAUCUCUGUCGCAUCGAUCGCAUCGGCUUCCAUCGGAUUCUAUGAUAUCGAUUAGACGUCCAUCUCUCUCUUUCUAUCCCCCGGCAUUCGUCAAUCGAUGCGUCAAUUGACCGUCGGAAAACGCACAUUGAUUCUUGUGCGAAGAAGGCGGCUGAGUACCCUCGUGAUGUUCAUGGUUAAUUAUCGUGGACGUGACAAGCGAAGAGGCCGUUGCGCCGCGAAUAUAAGCGAAUCUCGUUGUCGAAUAUAUCUCGGAUGACUUGGAUGAACGAUCGCGCGCCGAUGUGUCCUUCGUGGGAGCGUUUCUUUGUGGCAGCCGACAGGAAAUGACAGAGUACGAGGACCGUUCGCCGCGUUCUAAUAAAUCUACAAAACACCUCGGAUUGCUAAAUGUUUCCGGCAAAAAAUGCCAUUCACACUACGAUGGGUUCUCGAACAGUUAUGAAUGACGAAAUAUUCGUUAUCAAGGCAGACGCGCAUCCGCGAACAGUCAGGCGACGAGACAUAAUUCCCCUUACCAUCUUUUUUUAUUCUUAGCUAUUAUUACUUCCACGCGCUUCCACUAAGGUGUCUCUGUUCACGGAGCCUUCCGUUGACGUCGAAAGAUGUCUACCAGCGAAGAAGGAUGACGGAGAAUGUACGAGAUUCUAUAUUCGGAGCCUGUAACUUAUUUAUUUUGUAAAGACGCUUUUUGUACUAAUAAUAAAGCCGCUCUACGCUAAUGAGAUACAUUUCUCAGAUAACA